AUGCCACCCUCCACCGCCCCAACCCCGUUCUCGGAACCCCUCCUCCCCCAACUCCCCACCCCAAACCCGUACUACACGCCCAAACACCACCGCCUCCGCGCCUUCGUGCGCGCCUACGUCGACACGCACCUCCUCCCCCACGCCCAAGAAUGGGAAACCUCCGGGCAUGUCCCCGAAGAGGUGCGGCGUCACCACUGCGCGCAGGGCUUCGCGGUCGUGCACCCGGUGACCGAUCCCGCCUAUACGGGCGGCGUGGCUCUGCCCGCCAACAUCCCCUAUGACGAGUGGGACACGUGGUGCAGCGUCAUCGUGGGCGACGAAUUGGCGCGCCUGGGCUGGUGCGGCGUCACGUGGGGUCUGGGCGGUGGGAACGGUAUUGGAUGUCCGCCCAUCGCGCGCUUUGGGACCGAGGAGCAGCGGCGGCGCUGGCUGCCGGGCGUCGCCAGGGGGGACAUUCGGUUUUGCUUGGGCAUUACGGAGCCGGAGGGCGGGAGUGAUGUGGCGGGGAUUCGGACGACGGCGGAGAGGAAGGGGCCCGUCUAUGUGGUGAAUGGGAGGAAGAAGUGGAUUACGAAUGGCAUUUGGGCGGACUAUUGCACGACGGCGGUAAGGACGGGGGGGAAGGGGCAUGGGGGGAUCAGUUUGCUGGUGGUGCCAUUGGCGGCGAAGGGGGUGAGGAGGACACGCAUUGAAAACCAGGGCGUGCAUGCUAGUGGUUCCACGCUUAUCACAUUCGACGAUGUUGAGGUACCAGUAGAGAACCUCAUUGGGAAGGAGAAUGAUGGCUUCCGCCUUAUCAUGUCAAACUUCAAUCCUGAACGGCUGUCACUCGCCACAGCUGCCAUCCGACUAUCGCGUGUGUGCGUGCAGGAUGCCUACGCGUACGCCUGUGAGCGAGAGACAUUCGGCAAGCCGCUGAUCGAGCACUACGCCAUCAAAUCGAAGUUCGCGGAGAUGGGUACGCUGAUCGAGCCGAGCCAGGCCUUCUUGGAGCAGCUGUGCAAUAUCGUUGAACACUCGCGGAAGACCGGCACGGAGGUCAAUGUCGGUGGCAUGACUGCGCUGCUCAAGGUCAUGAGUACUCGUUGUCUGGAGAAAGUGUGCCGUGAAGCCAUGCAGAUCAUGGGUGGAGCGGCGUAUUCAAAGUCCGGCAAGGGAGCUCGCAUUGAGCAAAUUAGCCGCGACGUCCGCGUACAUGUUGUUGGUGGCGGCAGCGAGGAGAUCAUGAGCGAUCUUGCAGUGCGGCAGGAGGCUCGCGAUGUGGUGCUGCGAGCGAAGGCAAGAACUGGUUCAGAGUCGAAGCUGUAG